UCGGGUCGUAGCAGCUGGGGGUAUAACAGCUAGGGUAUAACAGCUCGGUCAUAGAAGCUGGGGUCGUAACAGCUGGGGUAUAACAGUUGGGGUAUAACAGCUGGGGGUAUAGCAGCUGGGGAAACAACAGCUGGGGCAUAACAGCUAAGGGCAUAACAGCUGGGGUCAUAACAGCUAGGGUCGUUAUAGCUGGGGGUAUAACAGCUGGGUCAUGAAAGCUGGGGUCGUAACAGCUGGGGGUAUAACAGCUGGGGGUGUAACAGCUGCGGAUAUAACAGCUGGGGGCAUAAAAACUGGGGGCAUAACAGCAUAUUAGCUGGGGUCGUUACAACUUGGGUAUAACAGCUGUGUCAUAAAAGCUGGGGUCGUAACAGCUGGGGUAUAGCAGCUGGGGUAUAACAGCUGGGGGUAUAAUAGCUGGGGGUAUAACAGCUGGGGGUAUAACAGCUGGGGUGUAACAACUGGAUGCAUAACAGCUGGGAGCAUAACAGCUGGGAGCAUAACAGCUGGGAGCAUAACAGCUGGGAGCAUAACAGCUGGGAGCAUAACAGCUGGGAGCAUAACAGCUGGGAGCAUGGAAAUUUCCCCUCAAACACAGAGAUAAGCAGAUAUCGUGUAGCCCAGUGGUUGGAGAAGUCGGCUCACUUCCAAACGGACCUGAUUUUGAUUCCCGGGCAACCGUAGACAACCUAAAAUACAUACAGGAAAGAAGGUGGCAUCAACACUGGUGCUAGCGAAACAGCAUCAGACAGCAGAUAAGAGCAUCAAACAGCAGUUGACAGCAAGAAUUGGUAGGUGGCUAUAGAUGACAUAGGCACUGUAUAUCACGAAGAGGCAAACCCACGUGACUUAUUCAACGCAGGGUAUGAUGGAGGCUCGAGCCACCGUUCCCGAUCUCUGACCCGAUCACCAGAUGGUAAGGGUCUCAGCCGUAGAAGGCAGCAGCAGCUGUUUCAGAGUUUAACCUUAGCUGGCAGCUUAGGAAGAGCCAAGCUGUUUAUAAGCAAUAAUGAGGGCGGUGCCGAGGGCUAGUGCUGCCCCUUCAUCACUCACGGGGCCGUUACCGCUGCCCCGGGCCGCCCCGGGCCACCCAGGGACCACCCGGACCACAACACCACCCUAAUUUGACACCCGAGUGGUCCGCCCUGUUAGAAUAUCUCCAUUAAGCACGUCACUUCACUCCCUGAUUGAGCUAUUCACCGGCCUCUUUGAUAUGCCGGUCUCUCCUCCCCAUUGGCGAAUUGAUAAUUCCCGGGCCAUUCACCGGGUAGGGGCCCCUCCCUCCGCUAAUUCGCUGACGAAUGGGGCGGCUGGUUGGGCGGGGCCGGUUCGAGUCCCGCCCAAUCAGGUGUGUCGUUCGCCGUGUGUGGCUGGCGGGCGGCGGGUGUAAACACAAGCGGGCGGUGGACUUCAAAGGCGGCCAUUAGGCGUGUGAAGCCUGGGCUCUAUCAUUAACCAGUCGAGCAGUUGGCACAUCUUCAUCGGCCGCGCUGGACCAGAGUGAUUACUCUCCGUCUGAUGCCAUCAGCAUCAGUCUGACGGUGACCAGCGCGAAGACAGGAGGCGCCGCUCGCUCUGGGCGAACCUGUGUGGAGAGAACUUUUGUUGUGUGAUAACUAGGAGACACUGGGCGGUUCUGAUAGGCGCUAAGGAGUCCUAGGAGACGCUGAGUGGUCCUAGGAGGCGCUGAAAGGCAUGGAGAUACGGGUGGAGUGUGUGGCUAGGAUGGAGGAGAGUGAUUCGCCCGCCUCUCCCCACGAGGUGCGGCCUCCUAGCCCGUGUGACAGUGAGAUCAGUGUGGGCUGUGAGGCCGAGGCUCGACACGCCCACGCCUCGCCCAUGGACAUGACCACCCACGCCGACACCUCGACGGAGGACGAGGAGACGGAGCCACAGUCGCCCUCCACCUCUCGUGGGGCACCCUCCCCUACCCUCUCCUCGGGUUCCUUACACACAGAGUCCUUCACCUACCUCUCAGAUGAUGAAUACUUCAGACCACUCAAAAGACUAGCCAUGUCAGGUACGUCGCCGCCGCCGCAGCCCUUAUCACCGCAGGAGGAGGAUCCUGACCCCAAGCCUCCCUCGCCUGAACCGCAGCCGCAAGAACCGCAAGAACCUGUGGGUAUACUAGCGAGAGGUGGAGAUAUGGCAGCCGUUGAGCAGAAGCAAGCGGCGGGUCUAAGAUCGUUCUCUAUACUAGACAUUCUAUCCUAUAAGCCGUCCCGGCGGAAGUCCUCGGUUCCUGUAAAGAUCGUACGCCCCUGGGACACCCGGGAAGAAGGGGCCGCCGACCCCCCCGCGAAGUCGUCAGGCCAUAGCGACAAGAAAAACUCGAGCAACGACAAAGGAAGUGCCCUCGACGCCCUCUUCAAGAUGACCAAUAAGACACUCGACAACCUCAAUAAGGAUGAGAAAACUGACGCCGUCAACCUGUUCAACAGCAGACAGCCGCCCAAGAAGAAGCGGAAGAGCCGGACAGCCUUCACCAACCACCAGAUCUUUGAAUUGGAGAAGCGGUUCCUGUAUCAGAAGUACCUAUCGCCAGCAGACAGGGACGAGCUGGCUCAGUCUCUUGGUCUCAGUAACGCUCAGGUGAUAACGUGGUUCCAGAACCGACGGGCGAAGCUGAAGCGAGACAUGGAGGAACUGAAGAGAGACGUGGAGUGUACCAAAGUGAUCGCUACCAACAAGACGCUGCUGGAGGCCUCGGUCAACGUGGCGGCACUGCUCAAAGUCAAGGAACUGCCUAGGAUACCCAUCACCUCGCUGCCCCAGCACUAGUGCCACGCCCUCGCCCGCUUGUGGUCCCUGCAUAGGUGAACAAACGUCAGGAGUUAACAGGAAAACGUUUUGUCACACCUGCUGGCCUGCCUGCGACACCUACAUAGGAGACAAAACGAGAGAUAGGUGAAAAAAAAAACACGUUUUGUUAUACCUGCUGGCACCUGUCUGCAGCACCUGUGUAGGUGAAGGAACGUCAAGAGAUCAACGGGAACGUUUGGCUGCCUACUGACCUGCUUGAAGCACUUACAGAGAUUGUAAAGGCCCAGAGGAAACGUUCAUUUAUUUCCCUACUGGCUUGCCUAGAGCACAUGCACAGGUACACAGAAAUCAGAAUAAACUAAAACGUUUUACAACUGCUUAUCUAGAGCCUGUCUCUCUCUGUAUCUCCCGAGACAAAAGAUGAGAUGACGGGACAGGAAGAUGUGCGUGCUCACUUCUGUCUUGAGAAAUGUCUGUUGUGAGGCUGGGGAAAUGGUAUCUGUAUUUCGUUUCCUGUCAACGAAGAAGGAACAGACAGGAAUAUGAUACAGGAGGCUGUUGUGGUGGUGUCGUAUUUGAAGACUUGGUUUGAGAGAUUCUUCUGUCUUUUCGAGCCAUUGAUGGGGUUUUGAAAACACUGCUAAGACAGUGAUAAAACCCUUAAUACGUUAAAGAAAUGUCUAAAACGUUGAAGAAACGUUAAUAGUGCGUAAAAAAAUACAUUCUGUCUUUCAUAUCCCAACCAAAAAGAUGAGAUAAUUCCAAGAAAUGCAGUUUGAAAGGAGAUGUGAUGAGGGCAGUGAGGUAAUUCUCAAGGCAUGAGUAAAGUCUUGAUUUCUGGAGAAAAAGCAAUGGUCUCUUGUCACGUCAUCAUAUUAUCUCUUAUCAUUAUAUUCUCUCUCAUCAUUCUCUCACACAUGAAAAUUCUUAUUACAUGAUUUAUUCGCUGUCAACAUUAUCACCAUCACCUUUCAUAAUUAUUAUGAUGAUAAUGAUGACGAUGAUCAUCAUGAUAAUGAUCAUCAAGUCAUGAUCAUUAUAGAUCAUCAUCAUCAUCAGAUUUCCAUUGUUAGCAAGUGACCGUAAGACAGAGAAAAAAAAUCAACACCACGAAUGGUAACAAAAAACAAGCUUUCAAUAAGAAAUAUAUCGAUACAUUUCGAAAAGACAUCGAGUAUUGGACUUCACAUCGACUUCUCCGAUACGCAUGAUACGCAAGCAGGUUUGUGACAGCAGUAACAG